AUGCCGUCCCCUCUGGACCAACCUGAGGCCGCAACUCCUGCACCAGCUGAGCCUGACUCGACGAAUCCAAACAUUCCAGAAUCCCUCUCUACGAAAGCUAAGCCUUUGGCGAUUGAGGGAAAUCAAGUGAAAGAUAAGGCUGAAGACGAGGUCACCGUCCUCGAUGUGGGAGGAGGCAAUGUGGUCAAAUUGGACAGGCUGGGACCUAUGAUCAUCAACUCAGACGGAACCCUCAGUCGCAUUCAAAACUGGCAAGAGCUGCACCCAAUCGAACAGGAGCGAACAGUAAGGCUGCUGGUAAAGAAGCGAAACUUGGUGCGAUUGCAAAAGCUGGAUGCGGAGAACAAGGCAGAGGGAGAAGCUGUCAGCGCCCUGCAAGACAAGUCAUAG